AUGCUUCUUUGGGUAUCCUUCUUAAUUGGAAAAUGUGACUUCGAAUCUGCAAAUUGUACGAAAACUUCCACUUCGAAUCACUUCCCAUAUCGUCGCGAUGUACCGCAAUGUGGAAGAAAUGCUCCACAGGGAAAUCAAAUAUGUCCUUUGAAUACCUGCUGUAGCGGUAACGGAUACUGCGGUACCACAUCCGCCUAUUGCAUCAACGCCGACCCCGUCAACGGCAACACACCCUGCCAAACAGGCUACGGCGCCUGCGGCGUAAUAAACUACCCCAACUGCGGAAGCGGCAGCACAACCGCCACCAACGGCCGCAAAGUAGCCUACUGGCAAAUCAACAGCGCGACGCGUUCCUGCAAUGCUCUCCCCAUCCCUCUAAUCAACACACAGGGUCUCACGCAUCUCAUAUUCGCCUUCAUGUCCAUCUCCCCCAAUACAUUCCACGUGGUACCUUUUGAUACCACAGCCGUCCCUCUCAUGCAUCCAUUUACCUUGUUAGCUUCUACGACGCUGGCGACUUAUAUGGCGAUUGGAGGGGGCGGAUCGAGUGGUUUGUCGCAGGUUUGGAGUCAGAUGGUGAAGAGUGUGGGGAGUAGGGCUGUGUUUAUUGGGAGUGUAGAGGGCUGGCUUAGUUCGUUUGGUUUUCAGGGUGUGGAUUUAGAUUGGGAGUUUCCUGGUAGUUUGGAUGAUCGGGAUGGGUUUGUGGCGUUGGUUAGAGAGAUGAGGGAGAGUUUUAAUGAGAAUUUUCCAGAGAAGAAUUGGGGGAUUAGUGUGGUUUUACCCCCCGACAUCUCCGCCCUCCAAUUCUUCGACCCCAUAAACCUCGAACCCUACACCACCUUCUUCAACUUCAUGUCCUACGACCUCCACGGACCAUGGGAAUCCACCAACCCCUCUCUGGGCGCCUACAUCCGACCACAAACCUCCCUCCUCGACAUAAACAGCGUACUCUCACCCCUAUGGUUCGCCGGCGUCGACCCCUCCAAACUCAACCUCGGACUCGCUGCCUAUGGUCGCGGCUACACGCUGUCGAAUCCCGGGUGUCACGAACAGGGAUGUGCGUAUACGGGGCCGAGUAUUCCCGGUCCGUGUACGACUCAGAUGGGCAUUUUGAGUAUGCGCGAGAUAGAGGUGUUGGUUUUGAGGGAGGGACUGGGGGUUUCGUGGGUGGGUGGUGAGGCGGCGGGGCAGGAGGGCGAUGAGGCGGUUAAACAGAUUGUUUUUGGUGGGGGGAGGCAGUGGAUGGGGUUUGAUGAUUUUGAGACGUGGGGGUUGAAGAGGAAGUUUGCGGAUGGGCUUUGUAUGGGGGGAACUGUGGUUUGGAGUUUGGAUUUGCAGGGGGUGGGGACAGGCGACGGGAAUUUCGGACCUGGGGUUUUGAGGAGCGGAGGCAUGGAUGGGGAUUCAGAGGAGGAAAAUGAGAAACAGAAUAAGAAGGGUCAUAAGACUGAAGCAUGA